GAAAAUACAGGCAGGUGCAACAACAAAUAAAACAAAAAUGCAAAAUGUCUAACAAAACCAAAGGUAUAUAAUAAAAGUUACGUAUAAAGCUGAAUCUGGUAAAAACUAUAUACUUGCUUUGCGUAUGGUAGAAGUACACCAGGGGAAAAAAGUAUACAAGAAAACUCCGACACCGUAAUUCCGACAUCGUAAGUCAUACACAAUAGGUUAUUACGAAGUUUCGACAAUUUUCAGUAUGUAAAACAUCAGACCAAACUCAGCUAUUUAAUCUAUUGCAUACAGCAACCCUCCCAAAUUUGACACAAAAUGUAAGAAAUCAACAGUUCACAACGCAGAAUGAGAAUAUAAAAACUUGAAUAAUCUCAGCAUGGUGCCCUCUACCACAAUAUUUUGAAACCAUCAAAAGUAUCGUAGAGAAGUUCAUCUUACAACACUUGAAGCAGAUGUAUCUUUUUAUAAACGUACUUAUACAGUUGUCUGAAUAUUUCCUAAUUUUAAAGAUUUUUGCAGUGAAAAACCUUAGAGAUUAAUAUUAAUUUACUAUUUCUUCAAAACGACUUAUAAUGCGUUUUCCCAAACCAAAAAAAACUGAAGUCAAUAAAAACCUACUUUUGACAGACUGUGUAUUACCAUCAGUCAAAACAACGCUUUUGGCUUUCGUAUGAAAUGCAACCUGAAAAAUAAAUUUUUGUGACCAUACUGUCAUUUUUUAUUGCUUUUCGACGAAAAUAUAUUCGUGACGUAAAAGCUUUUAUGUCUAAGAUGGUUGGUCCAGUCAUCUGAGUUUAAAAAAUGUUGAAAUUUGGGAACAGCAAACAUGUGAGUAGUACCCAAAGUCCUACUGAUGAUGUUCUACCUGAAGUCCUACUGAUGAUGUCAUACCUCAAGUCCUACUAAUGGCGUCAUACUGGAAGUCCUACUAAUGAUGUCAUAGCUGAAGUCCUGCUAAUGACGUCAUACCUCAAGUCAUAUUAAUGAUGUCAUACCUGAAAUCCUACUGAUGAUGUCAUACCUGAAGUCCUAUUGAUGAUGUCAUACCUGAAGUCCUGCCAAUGAAGUCAUACCUGAAGUCCUAUUGAUGAUGUCAUACCUAAAGACCUGCCAAUGAUGUCAUACCUGAAGUCCUACUGAUGAUGUCAUACCUGAAGUCCCAUUGAUAAGGUCAUACCUGAAGUCCUGCCAAUGAUGUCAUACCUGAAGUACUAUUGAUGAUGUCAUACCUGAAGUCCUAUUGAUGAUGUCAUACCUGAAGUCCUGCUGAUGAUGUCAUAUCUGAAGCCCUGCUGAUGAUGUCAUACCUGAAGUCCUGCUAAUGAUGUCAUACCUCCACCCAGCUCACAUACAGAUUUGUUCCUAAAAAAAUGAAAAUUAUUAACUAACUAAUAAUAACUUCAUUCACCAAAAAUUGUAAAAAUUGAAAUUAUGAAACAUCUAACCAAAUAUUCAACCAAUACCCACGGCAUACACGUGUUCCUUCAUAAACAAUUUGACUUUUGACCAAAGUUGUUGGAAAGCUAACACCUUUAAAUUGGUCAAAAAUUUGCCUUACUAUUUUUGAGAAAAAACCCAAACAGUUUAAUAGAUUAUAAAAAACCCUGUUAUUCGCAGUUAUUCUCUUUGAUGUUAAUUUUUUACACAAAGCAGACAGUGAAUAAUUAUUCCGUUUUAAAGUACGUUGUUCCAUCAAUGAGUGUAAACAAUCGUGUAAGGAAAAACAGAACCCUUUUUAAGUAGUUCCAAAACAUGGGUCAAACAUUGAAAAUUGGUGCUUACAUUCAAUAAUAUUUUUCUCAGCAAUUUUGCAGAUUUUACUUGCUGAUUAACUAGUUGCUUAUACGAAAAAUACAGUACUACAUUUUAGGCUCGCAACACAAAAAAGAAUCAAGGAUGACAACACUAAUUUUCAAUCGCUCUUAAAACUUGAUUCCCAUUAGGAUACCCCCUGGAUAUUCCCACUAGGAUAUACGCACUUAGAUGCCUAGUGGGGACCUAGCUUAAGUAAACCUUGUAAACGCAUCAAUAUGCUUCUUUUUCAUAAAUCCUUUUUUUUUAGCCUCAGCCUCUAUAUUCUUAACGAAUCUCAAUUUUGAGCAGAAAUACUUUUUAAGAUUGAAACAGAGAAAGAAACCCAAUUCGUUAAGAAAUCCAAUUCACUAAGAACCAACUUAAAUAGAAGAGUCGCCCAUGUUUAGAAAUACAAGUCAGCAAAACAAGUAAAAACUUUAAAAAUGACAAGAAAUCUUCCAUCUGUUCAUAAACGUUAGCUCCUUUAAACGUCGAUAUUUUUAUAAGAAUGUUGGAGAUUAUUUAGGUGCAAAAAUAGAAGAAUGAACAUUUUGUUUUUAUCACUUACAGAAAGAGGUCUUUAUGUUUGAUACAAUAAGUAGCCAGUAUCUCUUCUGAUGGCCAUAUACCUACACAAUAAAUUUUUUUUUAUGUUACAUUGUUUUCGUGAGUAAUACGAAAACAAAAGAAGGAUUGGUUUGGCUUGCACUACAAUUAAUUCUUUUAAAGAAAAAAAAAUGAAUCAAAAAGAUGAAAAUUAUAUUUUUAAAAUGUCUUUGUUCCAACAAAAACAACAAGGAGAAAAAACUGUAAUAAAGAAAUAAUUUAACUAAAAAAUCAAAUUUUUUGAAACUAAAGAGAGAUUCAUCACAGUUGCAAAAGAAAGUCAGACAUUUAAACAUCUCUUGAAGAUGAAAACCUUCAUACAUCUGAUUACAUUAAAAUGUUUAGUUAAUCUUCUCUCGUUUUCAUCAGCUCUGAAGAAGCCUGACACGAACUUAAGCGUUCAAGUUAUUCUGUGGGACAACAAACCGUAUGCUUUUAAGAAUGAGGAGGAUGGAAUAGACGGAAUAUUCCCAGAGGCACUAUCGGCUAACGCUUGUAAAGGUGUAAACUUCGAAGUGAAAAAAAGAUUGCUGAGUACGGCUGAAGCAUUUCAACUGUUUCAAUCAAACACACCGUGGGACGUGUUACAACAGUACAACAUAUCAAUAAAUGAUACUGUAAUGUUUGGAGCACACAAACAAUAUUUGAACACGCAUAAUGGCUUCAAAGAUAUUUAUCUUGGUAAAUCUUCAACAUUAGUGAUUAUGGUUGCUCGAGGUCGCAUUUCGCUCCCACAAAAUCUCUACAGAGCUAUCACAAAGUCUUGGGUGCUGUUAUAUCUAAUGUUCAUCUAUACACUGCUGAGUGCAUUCAUCAUUUGGUUUGUGGAGGUUUGGAGAAAUAAAAGCAACUUCCCUUCAUCGUUCAUUACAGGUUUUGCAAACGGAAUAUGGUGGUCAACAAUAACAAUGUCAACUGUCGGUUAUGGUGAUAUUGUACCUAAGUCUCUACUGGGUCGACUUUUAUCAAUUAUGUGGAUUUGGUUAAGUGUACUCUUAAUUGCUUGCAUGACAAGCACAAUAACAAAUUCAUUAUCAUUGCCGAUUAAUUUGGAAGAAGAAAAGGUUGCCGUGCUUAAUAAUUCAUGGGAACAUCAAGUCAUAAAAAAAAUCCCAGAAGAAAUUUCAGUGGAAGAAACGUAUGAAGAUGUACUAAAUAAAGUUAGUAAAGACGAUUAUGUUGGGUUAAUGGAUUACACCAGAGCCUCUCGAACUCAAGAGGAAAUCAGAGAAAAAAAUAUCAGACUACUCAGCAGCUUCAGCGGUCAAUUUGAUUGGGUGUUUCAACUGUCCCAUAACAGAACCAAUGUUAGUGUUGUUGAAGAUUGUUUAGAGAGGAUUGGAAGACACGAUAUAAAAACUAUUUUUGCAGAAUAUACAUCAGUGAUUACUUACAACAAAUUGGAUGAUGGAAUAGAAAGUUUGGAAACCAACACAUCCUUUUUUAUGAGCUUAUGUAUAGGUGGAAUAUUCUUGUUAGGAUGUAUGUAUGAUAUAGUCAGAUACAUACUAAAGAAAACUAAAAAAAGAACAGCUGAGCUCAAUUUGAAUCAAUCAUCUGCAUUGAAGUUAGAAUUAGCUCAAAUACAUUUAAAAAAGCGAAUUAUUUCUUUAAGAGAAGAACUCAAUGACAAUCUGACAGAACUCGAGAACAUGUUGGAUGAAAUAGCAAUCAAAUAACACAUACGUUUGUCAAAAUAUGGAUAAAAAAUGACAAUGAUGAUUGAAUACACAAAGGAACAUAACACUAAUAAAAUCAAGGAAAUAUCAAGUGAUGAAAUAAAUUGUUGUAUACAAUUGUGCACACUGUAUUUGAAGAAAUAUAAUUCACUAGUUCUGUAGAUAUGGUAUGUGAAUAGUGAUAUUAUUUUAUACUAGUCGUUAGACUGUG